AUGGCGGACGGACCCUCCAAGGACGAGCUCGUCGAGAUCUUCAAGUCUCUCAAGUCGACACAAAAGGGCAACAAGGUAUGCUUCGACUGCGGUGCCAAAAACCCAACAUGGGCCUCGGCAACGUUUGCCAUCUACAUCUGCCUCGACUGCUCCUCCGUUCACCGUAACAUGGGCGUACACAUCACCUUUGUUCGCUCCACCAACCUCGACUCGUGGCACUGGUCACAGCUUCGACUCAUGAAAGUAGGAGGCAACGCUGCCGCUUCCGAGUUCUUCAACAAGAAGGGCGGCGCCCACCUGCUUGCGCCUUCCACGGAGGGCAAGGUAAAGUACCAGUCCUCUGUCGCGCUAGCAUACAAAGACGAGCUGCAAAAGAGGGCGCUUCAGGAUGCUGCAGGGCAAAGUCUCAAUAGCCCCGUCUACUUCCCCGGCCUCGCUUCUGCCACAUCGGCCGAGGCGGCCACCGCAGCGUCAAACGCAAAGCCAGGCAACGGAGCGGAGGGGGACUUCUUUGACGAAUGGGACAAGCCCGCCUCGGCCGCCAAGCCAGCAGCACCAGCGGCAAAAGCAGCACCAGCACCGAAACCGACGCCUCCAGCUGCGCCCAAGACGGUGACGUCCGCCUCGUUGCGCGCAAGCAGCUCUGCCGCUCGAAAGACGCUAGGCGCCGUCAGCCGCGCCUCGUCCGCCAGCUCCACACCCGGCGCCACCACACCCACCGGCACUGGCCCGACUACCAACCCUGCCGCCGCGAUCGGGCGAGCUCCACGAGCAGGAAAGCUCGGUCUGGGCGCCAAGAAGGCCGGUGCACCCAUCGACUUUGCUGCCGCAGAGAGGAAGGCUAAGGAGGAGGAAGCGACGCGGGCUGCGGAAGCAAAGGCAGCUGAGGAAGCAGAAGCGAAGGCGCGCGAAUCACAGAAGGCGACCGAGCAGCAAGCUGAGGCGGAACGCAUUGCGCGUGAAGCAGUCAAAGCGGCUAUGGGUAAGGCGGCUUCUUCCUCCACCUCGAGUCCCUCGAAAGCCGGCGCUGCGGGUGCACGCGGUGCCGCAGCACCGGAUGCCUUCGCCGAAGCCAAGACCAACGGCGACAUGGAUCGUCUCGGCAUGGGUUUCGGGCGUCUCGGCAUGAAAGCCAACGCGCACCAAGCCAAGCUCGCCGCCGAACGUGCCGCUGCUGCCGCCAACAACGCCUCGGCCACCAACAGCGAUGCAGAAGAACCCAGUUACGCGCGCACCAAGUUUACAGGCCAGAAAUCCAUCUCGUCGGACCAAUACUUCCAGCGCGGCUCGUACGACCCCCAAGCCACCAGCGAGGCCCAAUCCCGCCUCCAGUCGUUCCAGGGUCAGACUUCCAUCUCGUCCAACCAGUACUUCGGCCGCGAGGAGGACGAAGAAGUCCAACAGACCCAGGCCGACGGAGGCGACUUCAGCGACAUCGAGGCUACCGCAAGAGAGUACUACCAGCGAUUUAUGGCCAACCCGGACGUCCAGAGCAGUAUCGACAGCUUCCGUUCCGGCGCGCUGAAGCUCGGGCAGUAUCUCGAGGAUAUCAGCCGCAAUGGCGCUUAG